GUGCGGAAUCUGGGAAGCAAGUCUGUGUUUUCACUUUAUGCACUGUUGGUCCUAUUAAUGAAUGCCACCAGGUGACUGGCAGUUUUCUGAGCCAAAGAAGCCUGUGUGUAGGAUCUAGGGAGUCAGGUUUGAAAAAAAGAUGUCAGCGACUUAAGACCCGUGUCACGUGACUCCCUCUACUUGCCAGCACUGAGGCUGUGGAUCAAAUUUCAACUCCAGGCAGUCCUUCCAGCCAUGUGGGUUCAGCGGAAAGAGAAGCAAAACCACUCUUCCUAAAAUGUUAGAAGCUGCUCUUCACUUACCUUGGGGCCUUUGGAUUGGGAGCUGUUUUUCACAUCAAAGAAUAUGUGCUGAAUGGAAUGUUAGUAUUUUGCUGUCGUUUUAAUAUUUUCCUCUGGUCUUCCUCAGUUCUUCCAGACGCUUCCUGAGAGAAUGGGGGCAGGAGCUCUAGCCAUCUGUCAAAGUAAAGCAGCGGUUCGGCUGAAAGAAGACAUGAAAAAGAUAGUGGCAGUGCCAUUAAAUGAACAGAAGGAUUUUACCUAUCAGAAGUUAUUUGGAGUCAGUCUCCAAGAACUUCAACGGCAGGGGCUCACCGAGAAUGGCAUUCCAGCAGUAGUGUGGAGUAUAGUGGAAUAUUUGACGCAGCAUGGACUUACCCAAGAAGGUCUUUUUAGGGUGAAUGGUAAUGUGAAGGUGGUGGAACAACUUCGACUGAAGUUCGAGAGUGGAGUGCCCGUGGAGCUCGGGAAGGACGGUGAUGUCUGCUCAGCAGCCAGUCUGUUGAAGCUGUUUCUGAGGGAGCUGCCCGACAGUCUAAUCACCUCGGCGUUGCAGCCUCGGUUCAUUCAACUCUUUCAGGAUGGCAGAAAUGAUGUUCAGGAGAGUAGCUUAAGAGACUUAAUAAAAGAGCUGCCAGACACCCACUACUGCCUCCUCAAGUACCUUUGCCAGUUCUUGACAAAAGUAGCCAAGCAUCAUGUGCAGAAUCGCAUGAAUGUUCACAAUCUCGCCACUGUAUUUGGGCCAAAUUGCUUUCGUGUGCCACCUGGGCUUGAAGGCAUGAAGGAACAGGACCUGUGCAACAAGAUAAUGGCUAAAAUUCUAGAAAAUUACAAUACCCUGUUUGAAGUAGAGUAUACAGAAAAUGAUCAUCUGAGAUGUGAAAACCUGGCUAGGCUUAUCAUAGUAAAAAUCCCAAAAUCCAGGAGUGAGGGAUCUAUUCAGGCCCACAGAGUACUGCAACCAGAGCUAUCUGAUGGCAUUCCUCAGCUCAGCUUGCGGCUAAGUCGUAGAAAAUCCUGCUUGGAAGACAUGAAUUCAGCAGAGGAUGCUAUCAGUGCCAAGUUGGUACCCAGACUCUUAGAAAGAACCAUCCGAUCAGCUGUAGAACAACAUCUUUUUGAUGUUAAUAACUCUGGAGGUCAAAGUUCAGAGGACUCGGAAUCUGGAACACCAUCAGCAUCUUCUGCCAUAUCUGCCAGACAGCGCCGCCGCCAGUCCAAGGAACAGGAUGAAGUUCGACGUGGGAAAGACAAGGGACUUACCAACAAAGAAAAUAUUCCUUCUGGGUUCAACCACCUUGAUGAUUGUAUUUUGAAUACUCAGGAAGUCGAAAAAGUACACGAAAAUACUUCUGGUUGUGCUGGAGAAAGGAGCAAGCCUAAACGUCAGAAAUCCAGUACUAAACUUUCUGAGCUUCAUGACAAUCAAGACGGUCUUGUGAAUAUGGAAAGUCUCAAUUCCACACGAUCUCAUGAGAGAACUGGACCUGAUGAUUUUGAAUGGAUGUCCGAUGAAAGGAAAGGAAAUGAAAAAGAUGGUGGACACACUCAGCAUUUUGAGAGCCCCACAAUGAAGAUCCAGGAGCAUCCCAGCCUAUCUGACACCAAACAGCAGAGGAAUCAAGAUGCCGGUGACCAGGAGGAGAGCUUUGUCUCUGAAGUGCCCCAGUUGGACCUGACUGCAUUGUGUGAUGAAAAGAACUGGGAAGAGCCUAUCCCUGCUUUCUCCUCCUGGCAGCGGGAGAACAGUGACUCUGAUGAAGCCCACCUCUCGCCGCAGGCUGGGCGUCUGAUCCGUCAGCUGCUGGACGAAGACAGUGACCCCAUGCUCUCUCCUCGGUUCUACGCUUACGGGCAGAGCAGACAAUACCUGGAUGACACAGAAGUGCCUCCUUCCCCACCAAACUCUCAUUCUUUCAUGAGGCGGCGAAGCUCCUCUCUGGGGUCCUAUGAUGAUGAGCAAGAGGACCUGACACCUGCCCAGCUCACACGAAGGAUUCAGAGCCUUAAAAAGAAGAUCCGGAAGUUUGAAGAUAGAUUCGAAGAAGAGAAGAAGUACAGACCUUCCCACAGUGACAAAGCAGCCAAUCCAGAGGUUCUGAAAUGGACAAAUGACCUUGCCAAAUUCCGGAGACAACUUAAAGAAUCAAAACUAAAGAUAUCUGAAGAGGACCUAACUCCCAGGAUGCGGCAGCGAAGCAACACACUCCCCAAGAGUUUUGGUUCCCAACUUGAGAAAGAAGAUGAGAAGAAGCAAGAGCUGGUGGAUAAAGCAAUAAAGCCCAGUGUUGAAGCCACAUUGGAAUCUAUUCAGAGGAAGCUCCAGGAGAAGCGAGCGGAAGGCAGCCGCCCUGAGGACAUUAAGGAUAUGACCAAAGACCAGAUUGCUAAUGAGAAAGUGGCUCUGCAGAAGGCUCUGUUAUAUUAUGAAAGCAUUCAUGGACGGCCGGUAACAAAGAACGAACGGCAGGUGAUGAAGCCACUAUAUGACAGGUACCGGCUGGUCAAACAGAUCCUGUCCCGAGCUAACACCAUACCCAUCAUUGGUUCCCCCUCCAGCAAGCGGAGAAGCCCUUUGCUGCAGCCAAUUAUCGAGGGCGAAACUGCUUCCUUCUUCAAGGAGAUAAAGGAAGAAGAGGAAGGGUCAGAAGAUGAUAGCAAUGUGAAGCCAGACUUCAUGGUCACUCUGAAAACCGAUUUCAGUGCACGAUGCUUUCUGGACCAAUUCGAAGAUGAUGCUGAUGGGUUUAUUUCCCCAAUGGAUGAUAAAAUACCAUCAAAAUGCAGCCAGGACACAGGACUUUCAAAUCUCCAUGCUGCCUCAAUACCUGAACUCCUGGAACACCUCCAGGAAAUGAGAGAAGAAAAGAAAAGGAUUCGAAAGAAACUUCGGGAUUUUGAAGACAACUUUUUCAGACAGAACGGAAGAAAUGUCCAGAAGGAAGACCGCACUCCUAUGGCUGAAGAAUACAGUGAAUAUAAGCACAUAAAGGCGAAACUGAGGCUCCUGGAGGUGCUCAUCAGCAAGAGAGACACUGAUUCCAAGUCCAUGUGAGGGGCAUGGCCAAGCACAGGGGGCUGGCAGCUGUGGUGAGAGUUUACUGUCUCCAGAGAAAGUGCAGCUCUGGAAGGCAGCCUUGGGGCUGGCCCUGCAAAGCAUGCAGCCCUUCUGCCUCUAGACCAUUUGGCAUCGGCUCCUGUUUCCAUUGCCUGCCUUAGAAACUGGCUGGAAGAAGACAAUGUGACCUGACUUAGGCAUUUUGUAAUUGGAAAGUCAAGAUUGCAGUAUGUGCACAUGCGUGCGCGCGUGCACACACACACACACACACACACACACACACACAGUAGUGGAGCUUUCCUAACACUAGCAGAGAUGAAUCACUACAUUAGACAACACUCAUCUACAGAGAAUAUACACUGUUCUUCCCUGGAUAACUGAGAAACAUGAGACCAUUCUCUGUCUAACUGUGAUAAAAACAAGCUCAGGACUUUAUUCUAUAGAGCAAACUUGCUGUGGAGGGCCAUGCUCUCCUUGGACCCAGUUAAGUGCAAACGUGCAUUGGAGCCCUAUUUGCUGCCGCUGCCAUUCUAGUGACCUUUCCACAGAGCUGCGCCUUCCUCACAUGUGUGAAAGGUUUUCCCCUUCAGCCCUCAGGUAGAUGGAAGCUGCAUCUGCCCACGAUGGCAGUGCAGUCAUCAUCUUCAGGGUGUUUCUUCAGGACUUCCUCAGCUGACAAGGAAUUUUGGUCCCUGCCUAGGACCGGGUCAUCUGCAGAAGACAGAGAGAUGGUAAGCAGCUGUAUGAAUGCUGAUUUUAAAACCAGGUGAUGGGAGAAGAGCCUGGAGAUUCUUUCCUGAACACUGACUGCACUUACCAGUCUCAGAUUUUAUCGUCAAACACCAAGCCAGGCCAGCAUGCAACCUGUUUGGGGCUGUUUUGUUGUGGCACUAGCCAAACAUAAAGGGGCUUAAGUCAGCCUGCAUACAGAGGAUCGGGGAGAGAAGGGGCCUGUGUUCUCAGCCUCCUGAGUACUUACCAGAGUUUAAUUUUUUUUAAAAAAAAAAUCUGCACUAAAAUCCCCAAACUGACAGGUAAAUGUAGCCCUCAGAGCUCAGCCCAAGGCAGAAUCUAAAUCACACUAUUUUCGAGAUCACGUAUAAAAAGAAAGUCAUGCUGUGUGGCCAAUUAUAAUUUUUUUCAAAGACUUUGUCACAAAACUGUCUAUAUUAGACAUUUUGGAGGGACCAGGAAAUGUAAGACACCAAAUCAUCCAUCUCUUCAGUGUGCUUGAUGUCGCCUCGUGAUUUGCUGUUACUUUUUUAACUCCUGCGCCAAGGACAGUGGGUUCUGGGUCCACCUUUGUGCUUUGCGAGGCCGAGCCCAGGCGUCUGCUCGCCUGCCACGGCUGACCAGAGAAGGUGCUUCAGGAGCUCUGCCUUUGACGACGUGUUACAGUAUGAACACACAGCAGAGGCACCCUCCUGUAUGUUUUGAAAGUUGCCUUCUGAAAGGGCACAGUUUUAAGAAAAGAAGAAGAAUGUAAAACUAUACUGACCCGUUUUCAGUUUUAAAGGGUCGUGAGAAACUGGCUGGUCCGAUGGGAUUUACAGCAACAUUUUCCAUUGCUGAAGUGAGGUAGCAGCUCUCCUCUGUCAGCUGAAUGUUAAAGAUGGGGAAAAAGAAUGCCUUUAAGUUUGCUCUUAAUCGUAUGGAAGCUUGAGCUGUGUGUUGGAAGUGCCCUGGUUUUAAUCCACACACAAAGACGGUACAUAAUCCUACAGGUUUAAAUGUACAUAAAAAUAUAGUUUGGAAUUCUUUGCUCUACUGUUUACAUUGCAGAUUGCUAUAAUUUCAAGGAAUGAGAUUAUAAAUAAAAUGAUGCACUUUAGGAUGUUUCCUAUUUUUGAAAUCUGAACAUGAAUCAUUCACAUGACCAAAAAUUGUUUUUUUAAAAAUACAUGUCUAGUCUGUCCUUUAAGUAAUAGCUCUCUUAAAUAAGCUAUGAUAUUAAUCAGAUCAUUACCAGUUAGCUUUUAAAGCACAUUUGUUUAAGACUAUGUUUUUGGAAAAUACGCUACAGAAUUUUUUUUUUAAGCUACAAAUAAAUGAGAUGCUACUAAUUGUUUUGGAAUCUGUUGUUUCUGCCAAAGGUAAAUUAACAAAAGAUUUAUUCAGGAAUCCCCAUUUGAAUUUGUAUGAUUCAAUAAAAGAAAACACCAAGUUAGUUAUAUAAAAUAAAUUGUGUAUGAGA